CUGAGCGUCCAAGGUUCGCCCUUUUCAACUCUCCUCCCCUCACCCAUUCGAUCCUUUUCUCUGUUGUUUCACUUCAGAAAUUGCAAAGCAGAACCCCGUUCCACUGCCAUGAACGAAUUCUAAACCUGAUCUGUAGCUUUGUUAUGUUUUCUUGUUGGAUUUGGAGAGGAAAAAGAUGAAGAGAGAAUACCCAGAUAACAGUAGUAUGGAUGGUUGUGGUGGUGGUUUUAAACCUGAAUGUUCGUCAAUGUCAAGUGGGAAGAUGAAGAUAUGGGAGGAUGAGCUCGAUGGUUCUGGUGGGAUGGAUGAGUUACUGGCGGCUUUGGGCUACAAGGUCCGGGCGUCGGACAUGGCGGAUGUGGCCCAGAAGCUUGAGCGGCUUGAGAUGGUUAUGGCCAUUUCUCAGGAAGACGGGAUAUCUCAUCUUGCUUCUGACACUGUCCACAAAGACCCAACCGAUCUCCAUGGCUGGGUUCAAAGCAUGCUCACCGAGCUCCACGGUUCUCCCAAUUGUCUCGAUCCGUCGGUACUGUUGGCGAACCAACAAAUUGAUGGCCCUAUUCUACCUCCGGCCUGCUCCUCCGUCAUAUCCACCGGAAAUUUCUCUAAUUCUCAGCACCAGAUUGAGAAUCUGUCGACCGGUUACCACGAUGAUUCCGAGUAUGACCUCCGAGUUAUUCCUGGCAAGGCGGCGUUCCCACAAAGCGAAACGACAGAUAGUGAGAAUAGCCGUAAGCGAUUGAAAACUUCACCUUCAACCGAAUCCGCUCCGUCGCCGUCCGCUCCGUUGCCGUCGACGGCGGCUGUACCAGAGCACCCUCGUCCGGUGGUUCUGGUUGACUCACAAGAAAACGGGGUGCGUCUCGUGCACGCGCUGAUGGCAUGUGCGGAGGCGGUUCAGCAGAACAAUUUGAAGCUGGCGGAAGCACUUGUGGAGCACGUGGAGAGGCUGGCGGCGUCACAAGCCGGGGCAAUGAGGAAGGUGGCUUCCUGCUUCGCUCAAGCUUUUGCUCAUCGGAUUUACGGAAUUUCUCAACCGUCCAUCGAUUCCGCCUUCUCUGAUAUGCUCUAUAUGCAUUUCUAUGAGUCCUGCCCUUACCUGAAAUUCGCCCAUUUCACGGCGAACCAAGCCAUCCUUGAAGCGUUCGCCACCGCUGAUAGAGUUCACGUCAUCGAUUUCGGGCUCAAGCAGGGGAUGCAAUGGCCUGCAUUAAUGCAAGCCCUUGCAUUACGACCCGGUGGUCCUCCGACUUUCCGCCUCACCGGAAUCGGACCUCCGCAUUCGGACAGCACCGAUGCUCUUCAACAAGUGGGAUGGAAAUUGGCGCAAUUGGCCAAAACAAUCGGAGUCCAAUUCGAAUUCCGCGGGUUCGUCUGCAAGAGCUUAGUGGAUCUCGAGCCGUCGCUCAUCGAGAUCCGACCCGGAGAAGCGGUUGCGGUUAACUCCGUUUUCGAACUCCACGAGCUCCUGGCCCGACCCAGCGCCAUCGACAAGGUCUUGAACACGAUCAAGGCCAUGAAUCCGAAGAUCGUGACUGUGGUGGAGCAAGAAGCAAACCACAACGAGACGGCUUUCUUGGACCGUUUCACGGAGGCACUACACUACUACUCAACCAUGUUCGACUCACUGGAGGGCUCGUCAAACUCGUCGGGGUUAACGCCGGCGGCCAGUCAGGACGUGCUGAUGUCGGAGCUGUAUCUCGGUAGGCAGAUAUGCAACGUGCUGGCGUGUAAAGGGUCCGAGCGAGUGGAGAGGCACGAGACACUGAGUCAGUGGAGGGGUCGGAUGGGAUCGGCCGGGUUCGAACCGGUUCACCUGGGUUCCAACGCGUUCAAGCAAGCCAGCAUGUUAUUGGCAGUGUUCGCCGGAGGAGAUGGGUACAGAGUGGAAGAGAACAACGGGUGCCUUCUGCUAGGGUGGCACACUCGGCCCCUCAUAGCCACUUCGGCUUGGAAAAUUCCGGCCGGCGAACUUUAGUGAGUUGACUCAGUGGGUCCGAGUUGGAAUAUCGAUCGAGCUGUCAAUGGCCGGCGACACUGCUCUCUGUACAUCAAUUUUUAACCUUUUGAGUUGACUGAGUCAGUCCGAGUGAGCGAGACAAAUAAGAAAAAAUUGUACCUCUUUCUUUUCCCUUUCUUCUCGGGUAUUAGCCUCUUUGACUG